GACAAACCGUCAGAAGUGCAAACUACAGCUGCUGUGGUUGUUACUGCACAGAAAACCUACAGUCUGAAUGUUCCUAAACACUGUAAAUUCAUCAUAACACCCCUGACUGAGUAUUACAGCAGAGUUGUGUAUAAAAACCUCCAUGACAGCAGCAGUUUGUUUGACUCUCUCUCUGUAGCAACCAGAAACCAGCUCAGACCUGCAGCUGCUCAGACAUGGACAGAUACGGACCUAAGGUUGGAAAAGCUCUGCUCACACCGAAGCCACACUUUAUCCCGGGUUACACGGGGUAUUGCCCACAGCUGAAGUUUAACAUUGGAAAGUCGUACGGAAAGCUGACGGCUGAGCUGCUGACCCGUCCUGAGGUUGUUUCCUCUGAACAAACUGACACCAGUCUGACACUGAGAGGCCUCGCUGACAGUAACCUGAAGAGGAUGAUACCUGGAUACACAGGUUUUAUUCCAAAAAGUCAGAACUACUUUGCCUGCACCUACUCUGAAAUAUGCCACAAAGCCCUGACUGAGUUCUGCCAGGAAAGACAAGCGAAGCUCCAACAGCAGUCGGAGGAGCUGCCAGCUGCUGUCAGCUCCAGGAUUCAACAGAUUGACAGAACCAAACCACCUGUGAUACCGAUCACCAACAAAUCGAUCUCCUCUGAGCCUGUACAGAUGUUCACACCACCUGGACGACCGUAUUCUAUGGAUGAUGACAACCCACACAAGCACUUCAUCUCAGGAUUUACAGGGCAUGUGCCAAAAUCUCGCUUCCUGAUUGGCAAAGGCUACCCCAUUAUCACCAAGCAGGCACUGAUCCAGUCUGGAAAGCAGCAGAGUUAUCUUACAUCCAAAGACCUUCCAGACAGGAAGAACAGUGCAGCAACUCCACUGCCUUCUAUCUAUCCAUCCAACAGAGGUGUGGUGCCAUCAUUCGCAGGACACAUCCCAGGAUACAAGUUCAUGUACGGGCAAACCUUUGGUCAGCUUUCCAAGAAUGCACUGGAAAAGAGCGGCAUCAAAAGGAUCCUUCUGGAAAAGCCAUAAAAAAAAAAAAACGGCACGGCAAUAAGAUGAUCAAUAAAGCG